GGGACGCGGUAGCUGUAGCGGGGCGGCCGAGCGAGGUUCUGUGGCGUGCGGGGUGCCCGGCCCCUCCCCCGCCCCCCUCGGCUGCUCGCGGCACCGGGCACCACAGCGAGGCCGGGCCGGGCAGCCGUUGGGGGUCAGGAGCCGCCGGUCUCCGCCGUGGGGCUGGGGCCCCCGCGGGCCGCCGCGAUGAAGUGACAGCGGGCGGGCUGUGCGGCUGCCGGGCGGCCCCCUGUGCCCGCGGGGAGGGGGUGGCGCUGCCGGCGCGGACCCGAGCCGAGCGGCCGCGCCAUGAGCUACCAGCAGCAGCUGGCCAACUCGGCAGCCAUCCGCGCCGAGAUCCAGCGCUUCGAGUCCGUGCACCCCAACAUCUACUCCGUCUACGAGCUGCUGGAGCGGGUGGACGAGCCGGCGCUGCAGGGCCAGCUCCGCGAGCAUGUCAUCGCCAUCGAGGAUGCUUUUGUAAAUAGCCAGGAGUGGACACUAAGUCGAUCUGUACCAGAGCUGAAAGUGGGAAUUGUGGGGAAUUUAGCUAGUGGCAAGUCUGCACUUGUGCACCGGUAUCUGACUGGCACAUAUGUCCAGGAGGAAUCACCUGAAGAUAUGGAUGCAGGUGGGAGAUUCAAGAAAGAGAUAGUAGUUGAUGGACAAAGCUAUCUGCUGCUGAUUAGAGAUGAAGGGGGCCCUCCAGAGGCACAGUUUGCCAUGUGGGUCGAUGCUGUUAUAUUUGUCUUCAGCUUGGAAGACGAAAUAAGCUUCCAGACAGUUUACCACUACUACAGUCGUAUGGCUAACUAUCGUAACACUAAUGAAAUCCCAAUGGUACUAGUGGGAACCCAGGAUGCUAUAAGCUCUAAUAAUCCACGUGUUAUUGAUGAUGCCAGAGCAAGAAAGCUGUCGAACGAUUUGAAGAGAUGCACUUACUAUGAAACCUGUGCUACUUACGGGCUGAAUGUGGAAAGGGUCUUCCAAGAUGUUGCCCAGAAGAUUGUGGCAACAAGGAAGAAACAGCAGCUUUCAAUAGGCCCCUGCAAAUCUUUACCAAACUCUCCAAGUCACUCGUCUGUGUGUUCUGCCCAGGUUUCUGCUGUACAUAUCAGCCAGACCAGUAAUGGAGGAGGGAGCUUAAGUGAUUAUUCCUCCUCUGUUCCAUCAACUCCAAGCACCAGUCAGAAGGAGCUACGGAUUGAUGUUCCUCCCACUGCCAACACUCCAACACCCGUUCGUAAACAGUCCAAGCGCCGAUCCAACCUCUUCACGUCUCGGAAAGGGAGUGAUCCAGACAAAGAGAAGAAAGUCCUGGAGAGCAGAACAGAUAGCAUUGGAAGUGGCCGUGCAAUCCCAAUUAAACAGGGUGUGCUGCUAAAGCGAAGUGGCAAGUCAUUGAAUAAAGAGUGGAAGAAGAAAUACGUUACGUUGUGUGACAACGGUGUACUGACCUAUCAUCCCAGUUUACAUGACUAUAUGCAGAACGUUCACGGAAAAGAAAUCGACCUUUUGAGAACUACUGUGAAAGUGCCAGGAAAGAGGCCACCUCGAGCGACGUCAGCUUGUGCACCCAUCUCCAGUCCCAAAACCAAUGGUAUGUCCAAAGACAUGAGCAGUUUACACAUCUCUCCUAAUUCAGGAAAUGUGACUACUAGUACGUCUGUGUCUCAGAUGGCAAGUGGGAUCAGUCUAGUCUCGUUCAACAGUCGCCCCGAUGGUAUGCAUCAACGUUCCUACUCAGUUUCCAGUGCUGACCAAUGGAGUGAGGCAACAGUUAUUGCAAACUCUGGCAUCAGCAGUGAUACUGGUUUGGGAGAUUCUGUGUGUUCAAGUCCAAGUAUAUCCAGUACCACAAGUCCCAAACUGGAUCCUCCUCCCUCCCCUCAUGCCAACAGAAAGAAACAUCGUAGGAAGAAAAGCACUAGCAAUUUUAAAGCUGACGGUAUCUCAGGCACUGCUGAAGCCAAACGCAAAGCAUGGAAACUAAACCGUGUUGGUAGCCUGCGAAAUAUAUACAGCAGCAGCAGCACCAACACUGAAGAACAAGAAGAAAACUUCGAGUUUAUUAUUGUUUCCCUCACCGGCCAGACCUGGCACUUUGAAGCGACCACAUAUGAAGAAAGAGAUGCGUGGGUACAAGCCAUAGAGAGUCAGAUCCUGGCCAGUUUACAGUCGUGUGAGAGCAGUAAGAAUAAGUCCCGACUGACAAGUCAGAAUGAGGCCAUGGCCCUUCAGUCAAUAAGAAACAUCAGAGGCAAUUCUCACUGUGUGGACUGCGAGGCACAAGACCCUGACUGGGCCAGUCUGAAUCUGGGAGCCCUCAUGUGUAUUGAAUGCUCAGGUAUACACCGGAACCUUGGCACGCACUUGUCACGUGUCCGGUCACUUGACCUGGAUGAUUGGCCUAUAGAACUCAUCAAGGUGAUGUCAUCCAUUGGGAACGAAUUAGCAAACAGUGUCUGGGAGGAGAGUAGCCAGGGACGAAUGAAACCCUCUUCAGACUCCACAAGGGAAGAAAAAGAGCGCUGGAUACGUGCUAAAUAUGAACAGAAGCUCUUCCUUGCUCCGCUGCAGUGCCUGGAACUUUCUUUAGGCCAGCAUCUGCUACAAGCUACAGCUGAUGAGGACUUGAGGACUGUCAUCCUGCUCCUGGCCCAUGGAACCCGGGAAGAAGUGAAUGAGACCUGCGGAGAUGGGGAUGGGCGCACAGCCCUUCACUUGGCAUGUAGGAAAGGAAAUGUAGUGUUAGUUCAGCUCUUAAUUUGGUAUGGCGUGGAUGUUAUGGCCCGUGAUGCCCAUGGGAACACAGCGUUAGCCUAUGCCAGGCAAGCCACAGGCCAGGAAUGCAUUGAUGUUCUCCUGCAGUAUGGCUGCCCUGAUGAGCGCUUUGUCCUGAUGGCUACUCCCAAUUUGUCCAGGAAGAACAAUAACAGGAACAACAGCAGUGGAAGAAUGCCCACCAUCAUCUGAGGAACUUAUUCAUUUCUUCACUGACCUGAGUAACAUCCACAGGCCUCAUAUUGCUCCAUUUUCUUCCCAGCUCUGACCUGUGAGUCUUAUACCUCCCCAUCUCCCUUUUCCCCUCAAUCUCUGUCCUCUCCAGAAAAAUCACAUCUGGACAGUGUGAAGGGACCAGAGGAGAAAAGGGGGCUGCAGAAACCCUUUAUUUUAAUAAAAGGUCUCGAAUAAGGAAAACUGAAAAAGGGAGGGUUUGUGAGAGAGAGUGGUAGUGAGGUCUCUAAUUAUAGCACAUGACAUGGGACCAUUUUACUAGUUGUCUUCAGGCAGAGGCUCUACAAGUGUUGAAAGAAGGGGUGGAGGGAGAAGAAAGGAGGAGGAAGAGGAGAUGAAAGAAGAAAUGGUAACUUUCCUUAACUGACAGUUAAGCACAUCAGUACAUUUCACCUCUACCAAACGGAACACUUGGAUUUCAUUCUCUUCUCCGAAGAGCUUGACGGCAUAAAUCAGAAGCAAGCACAGAGUUUGUCAGGUUUGAAGCUCCUAUGAUGGUAUGUGUCAAAUCAGUUGUAGCUAAUCUGUCCAGGGAGAAUACUGGCUUCAUUACACUUGUAUAGUUGAGUUCUUCCAGCAUUACUGCUGUUUAAUAGAACAUGAUUAGUCAUCACGGAGAAAAAAGCAUAUUAGCUGAGGAGGUAGUUACAUGGCACGCUUCGGUGAUUGCUUGGAUGUGAUUGCAAUAUUCUUAGAAGCAUCAUAUUAUCUCAGACAUGUUCUUUCAAGCCCUUGGAGCCCUCCUUUCUAAAUUCACUGUCAUAAUUUAGUAUCUGUUUAAUUUUUCAGUCCAAAGAGAGGAAAUCGGUUGCUGAGUGUUAUUUGACUGCAGUCUCCUUGGUGUAAAAACAAAAUGGAAAAAAUAAAUAAGGAUAACUAUGAAACACAAAAAGAAAUAAUGAAUACUGCUAAGGAAAAACAUUUCAAGUACAUUUAGUAAAAUAAAUAAAUGCAUUAAAGGCUACUAUUUUUUUUCGGUCACAAGAAAUACGUUAUGUCAUUUUGCCAAGUAAGUGUGUUGAGUUUUUUGGUCACUCUUGUGAUGCAUUGCCUAAAUUAUACAGAUUUUGUAUUGUGUCUUUAGAUUAUAUGUAUGUAAAUCUAUUUGAAUAAACAAGUUCAUAAA